UCUCUCUAUUAAAAUGCAGAGAAAAUCAGAUGGACUUUAGAUACACUAAUAUAAAAUGAUAUAGACUUGUUGUGAUGAUUGCGGCACGGAAGAAUCGAAAGGUGGGGUUGCAGCAAAUUGCUCUUUAUUCUCCAUCAGUGUCUGCCAAUGCUAACAACUAACCAAUAGUCAUACAGUAAGUCUCUCUGAGGGGCGCAAUGAUUAGAUGAGACUGGUGUCAUGGAUCUUCUAAUGUUCUUAUGUGAUCUGUGGAUUUAAAUAAGCAGACACUGAUUACAAACAGGUGAUUUCCUUCAAUACUCCGGUGAUUGUGAAUGGGGCAGGUAAGGAGUGUGAUCCCUAGGAGGAGCAGGCGUGUCCCUCCUGCUAUCCGGCCGACCAACCGUGACACUUGUGAUAUACAGUGAAGGGAUCUUACAUAAUUAUAAAUAUUCAUUCAUUCUCUUUUUUAUCUUCCAUUAUUUUAGUGCACCCUAUAUUAUACCAGAUUUACAGUAUAUCUAUUUCUGUCUAUUAUAGGUUGCCUUUGGAUAUUUUUGAUGAAUUCUUAAGUUAAAGUCUGAAAUGUCUCAUUCACUGGCUUUACUGAUAAACCUAGCAGGCUCUUCAUGGCAUAACUUCACUCAUCACAUUGUCUGCAUUUCCUUUGGCUUCUGAUGGAAUCCAAAUCUUUUCAAGUAUCACUUUUUCUGAUGCCUAUCUAAAUGUGGAUGUUAUCUUAGGUCUGACUAGAAUUACAAGCUCAGACUUAUAUUUACCCAUAUGCUGUGCCACAUUUCCUAAGUGAUGACUGUGUGCAAUGCAUUUUCCCUGAUCUAAGGGCUAUUUUAGAGUGAUGAGCCAUGGCUUGGUACAGUCUAGUCUAGAUUGAGUGCUCAUAAGUGGUAGAUUAUCCUACUCUUGAGCUCCAAGUCUUGUAAGGCAAUGACAAAUAUAAAAUAAAAUGUUAUUUUAAAGAAGAAUUUAUUUUUUCAUUGUUUUUACAAGGUCCAGCAAUACCCCUUUGCCCAGCUCCUCCAUUAAAGCCAAGGUCACCUCUGGAAACUUCUAUCUGCCUUUCCAUUUGUGGCAUGGCUUUGUUUCCACUGCCCGAUCUGAUCCUCCAGCCAGUCUGAUUGCCCCUUUUAACGCCGGCAUGCAGAACGACCUCAGUAACACUUACUCAGCCAACAACAUUCAGACAGUGUUCUGGCAGUGUUUCAAAAGUACUUUGAUGAUCUUCUCACUGUUCACUACUAAUACGGUUUGGACAUGUUCAUGUACCUGUCAUAUACACCGUCCCUGCCUCACAUGUGCUUAAUGAUUUUAUGUUCUUUUCCAUUUCAUUGCUUUGCUACUUGUCCUCCACUCAAGCACAAGCUCUUGUACACGUUCAUCCAGGACCUGCUGUAGCUCACUGACAGCUGUCCCCUGACAAAAGCUGAGGUCCUUAUUUAGGCUGGAAGGGGAACACAUGGUACAUUCACAGAAUGCCCUUCAUGGCCUGGACAGAAGGGCAGUGGCUGCUCUGGCACCAGCCAUGUGUGCUGCCUGACCUGUCCACAUUCUCUGUCCAUUUUAUACUUAAAAGCAGGCCAAAGUGUAUUAGAAUUAGGCUUUCAUGUUUUGUUUUGUUUUUCACUCCUGUUAGACAUGUGUUAGACAUGUUUGAUGAUGGUGGUAGAGAUUCUGAUAAAUGCCUCUCAGAUUGAGGCUGUUCAGUGGUGCAUUCUGGGAAGAGCAAGUUAAUAUAGUAGUGUUAUAUUUCUGGUUGCAAGGUGAUGGUGGAUGGAACAGUUAUUUAGAGGAUCGUGAUUAAAACAAAUUUGAUAAUGAUUUGAUAAAAUGGCUCUAGAACAUGAGCAAAUUUGGAUGACAAACUUCUAUAAAUACUUCCUUCUAACCUUAGGUACAGAAAAGAGCUUUAAUUUACCAGAUUGUUGAAUGUAGUUUACAGCUCUGUUUUGUAAAAGGAAAACUCCUAUAAUGGAAGGUGAGAGCUAGAACAUAAAGACGGACAUACAACCAUCCUGUCAAUACUGGCAUGCUCUGGAAAGUGAGGAAGCGCAGUAAGGCAUGCCGAGGAGGUCUUCGGGAGGAAGAUGAACUAGUUUCAGUCAAUGACAUUUCCUGCAGAGAACUGUCUCAUGCUGAGGCAAUGAAUCUCAUUGACAGUGGCCAGGGAACCCUUCAGCUGCAGAUUAAAAGAUUAGGGUCCGUGGCAGGGUUUCAGUCAGUAGUGCUGCCAGACCGUGCCCCCUCCCCUCGCAUUGAUAAAGAGUACAGGGCAGCAAUGAGAGCCCUGUCACCCCCAUCUGCCUCCAAACCUCCAUGUGUCCUCAGAGGGGGGGUGAUGUCUCCCUCCAGUGGCCCUGAGCUCCUGAGGUCGCCCCCGGACAGCGAGGCGUACUACGGCGAAACCGACAGUGACGCAGACGUGGUGGCUCAAGAGAGACAACGCAGGCAGAAGCGCCGCAGCCCCAGUGGCUCGCCCGCCAAGGGCCCCGGGCGAGGCUCACCCCGCCACGAGGACAACUCCGAGAUGAGUGGCUACGAAAGCGCACCUGAUGCCUAUGUGUACACUCAGAGUCAGAGCUGGGCUGUUCCUAAUGGCACACUGGAAGACAAGGGGCCACAGCACCAGGGCUUGCCUGGAGUGGCCCGUAGAGAGGUGGUCUACCAGCCCAGCCAUGGGGGGUGGUCCUCUCAGGCUGAGAACUCCUCUGAGAACUCGGACCAAAGCCCAACAGGUGCUGCAGAGGUGGACAGUGGUUUCCAAGAGCCUCCCACAGUGCCCCCACCGCUGGUGUCCCCAGAGCGGGCCAAAGAGGCCCUCAUGCUAGCCUCUCACAGACAGCUGGUGCCCAUGGUGGGGCCUGUGGAUAACCCUGUGGAUGAAGAGCUCACUGUCACGUACAUGGAUAAGGCCAAGCAAGCUAAGCUGCACAGAGGCGAUAGUGUGCAGGAGAGACAGGUGAAGGAGGCACGCUCCAAGUGCCGCACCAUCGCUUCGCUCCUCACGGACGCGCCCAAUCCUCACUCCAAAGGUGUGCUUAUGUUCAAGAAGCGUCGGCAGCGUGCCAAGAAGUACACACUCACUUGUUUUGGCAGCGUGGACGGCGAGAGCUGCAGUAACACUGAAGGAGAGACCGAGGACGAGAGCCUCUUAGCUGGCAGCGAGUCGGAGCUAGACGACGGUCUCUGGGCUGCGCCCGACCCCACCUGGGACAGCGGCUACCUGGAUGUCCUGGAGAGGCGGACGUCGGCCUGUGUAGUGUCAGACAGGGACGUGGAGGGCCGCCCAAGCCUGAGUGGCACCUCGGGGAAAGGGGCACAGCUCUUUGAGCAGCAGAGAAAGAAGGCUGAGAGACACACAUCGACCCCGGUGACCCCAGUGACCCCUGUGACCCCAGUGACCCCAACACCCAUGCCUCAGAAGCAGCAGCUUGAUGCUGCAGUGAUGUACACACCCAUGACUCCAGUAACCCCAUUCUCUUCUCUCAGUGCCAGCAAGGUGAAUGGCGACCCUGUGGUUGUGAGCCGGACCAGUGUUGUGCUGGCUCCUCCUGGACAUGCCCCUGGGCCGUCUGUGCCAGAAGCUAUACCAGAGCAGUCAGACCCCUCCUCUAGCAGCUCCAUCUACAACAGGACUGCCAGGCCUUUCACCCCUGGCUGCGUCAGCCACAGGGCUGCAACAGCUCCGGUGGUUUUCAGGCCAAGUGUUGCCAAGAAGGCCCCAUUGCAGGCCCAGGCAGUGUCUGUGGCAACAGUGCCAGUUUCUUUCUCUCCUUCUGCCCCUGAUGGGAAGAAAGCAAUCUCUACUGCUUCCCUGUACAUCCCCCCGAGACCAGCCACCUUCUGUGGUCAAACAUCUGUCUUCUCUCCAUCCUCCUCAGUGGCCUCUGCUCCUUUUUCCUCAGGUUUCUCCCCACAGAGCUCAUCCACUUCUGCUCCUCUCUCUCCUAUGGCUACUCCAUCUUUUAACCUAGCCCCAGCCACACCUGCCCAGCCUUUCUCUUCUUCACCAGUGCAGAUGAUGCCCUUCAGCCCUCUGCCCACCAUAGCUAGCAACCCAUAUCAACCUCCACCACCAACUCCUGUGUCACCACAGUCCUAUAUCUCCCCUUUCGGUGCUUCCCCUGCAACUCCCGCAGCUCCUCCCACAGCUCCUCCGCCCGUCCCUACUCCUGAUCAAGUUCCUGCACAGGUCCCCCAGAGCCCAAAUGUGCAGCCAUCAGCAGCUCACAAAGUUUCCUUCUAUCCAUACAUCUCCGUGGCGACCACUACACCAGGAACAGCAGUCAUGGCCCAACAGUAUCCGCUCUCCAAUUCAAAUGCAGAAAUCUCUUCUCGAGAGCAGCGGAUCUCUGUGCCGGCCACCCGCACAGGAAUUCUGCAGGAGGCCCGUCGCCGCGGGGCUAAAAAGCCAAUGUUCAGUAAACCCGAAGAGAAGAAGUCUGCAUCCUACAACCCUGAGCUCCUGUCUCUAGUGCAGAAUUUAGACGACAGGUCCCGCUCUGGGUUAGAGCUUGGAUGUGAAUCAGGUCCUGAGGAGGAUUUGCUCAAGCUGGGUGCCGAGGCUUGCAACUUUAUGCAAGGUCAGAGGACCAGGAUGCCUCCACCUGUGGCUCCAAAGCCAACCCCAUCCACUCCUGAGAUCCCCCAGAUGGGAGGGAAGGGGGCAGAACUGUUUGCACGUCGACAGAGUCGCAUGGAUCGUUAUGUGGUAGACAAGCAGCCCAGAUCUCCAGCACAGCCCCGUGAACCCUCACCAACACCCUCCCUCCCAUGUCACUGGAAAUAUUCCCCCAAUGUACGUGCCCCUCCCCCCAUCAACUAUAAUCCACUGCUGUCCCCCUCCUGCCCCCCAGUGGCCCAGCGAGGCAGUAAGGUGAAUGAGGCUGCAAGGAGUGGAACCAAGGCCAUGCCUGGCCAACACAAGCAAGGCAUUAAAGCACUGGACUUCAUGAGCAGACAGCCUUACCAGCUCAACUCCUCCUUGUUCAGUUAUGGGGGCGGAGUCCCGCAGACUGCUCCUACCUAUCAGCAGCAAGAACACCAGCAGAGACAGCACCUGAAUGGCAUGGAGGCCGGCACCCUGAACCCACCGAGGCAGAUCCCUGUCAAAUCCCCCCGUGUGUAUGAGAUCAAACGCUUCUCCACUCCCACGCCAAUGUCAGCGCCCACUUCCCUGUGCCCCACGGUUAUUGUCCCGCGCUCAGCCACCACGCUAGCUGAGCCUCUGUGGUACUCAGACACCCACUCCCCUCCUCCCACCGCUCCGCGACCAGCUGCGCCCUUCUCACCCCCGCCUCCUGCUCCUUCAGCACCACUGCCUGCACUGCCCAAGCUCUCCACCACACCUAUGCCUAAUGCCAGUACCAUCCUGCCUCCCGCCCCUGGGCACGCCUACACACCAUUCCAGGCAGUCAAGCAGUUUAACAGUGCCCCAGAGCUGAGCCCCCUGUCUCCCAUAGGUGUGCGCUCGGCUGUGGCUGGAAACAGCCAGAACCUGCGGGUGCCCAGACCGCGCUUCAGCACCUCCAAUGUGGGGUUGCAGCCCAAGGUGUGGAGGCCUGGAACGAUGCUCUACUGAAAUACAGUCUGCCACCAAGAACCGGCAUGAAAGAACACUGUGCAUGUCACUGCUUCUAGCUGAAGCUUAGGUGUUACAGUGCAUUUGUGAAACAGUUCUGUUGUAAUGCAGACACAAUAUUUAAGGAGAAGUUCACACCUUUUUGCACAUUUGAGCCUAAACACAUAAAGAGCAAUAUCUAAGGCCCUUAGACAGUUUUUUUUAAUGUCAAUUGCUUGAAUAAUUUGUUUAAAACAUAUUAAAAUAAAACCUACUGAUCACCCCACACUCAAUUGCAAAAUCCAUAUUACCCACAUUGUAUACACACCUGAUACAGACAUUUCUCGAAAUGUCCCUCAUAAUGACUUCAUCAACAUUCUUGGUCAUGAAAAGGCUUUUGAGGCUAAAGCAUCUAGUUAUUUUAACUGCCUUUGCAUGUUCAAAUCAUAUAAAUGUAUUAAUCUGCCAGAGCAAUAGCUCGAAGUACUGUACCAAUCUAAAUAUACUCAGUGCAACUGGAAAAAAACAAAGUUACCAAAUAGCUUCAUAAUGCUUGUUAAUGGCGAUGCUUCCCUCAGAGAUUAUAGCUGUUUGUUUUUCCAUGUUGUUUUUCUUUCUUUUUAUUUUUGCUGGUUAAUGCCUUUAAAAAUUAUGUUUUCAGGAAAUUUAUGUUGAAUGUUCACUUAGUACACUUGGAGACAAAUUUGUCUGAUUAUAAUUUAGUUUUCAAAACUUUAUUGACAAAAACAAACAAAUCUUAAAGCUGCAUGAGGUGAGUGGCUAAAAAUUGUCCUAUAUGUAUUUAGACUGGCUCAAAUGUGAAAAAGGUAAACUUCCUUUUUAAUAGGACUGAAUGUAAUAACAGCAAUUAUGUGAUUUAUUCACAAGUAAUAUAUGCAUUUUCUUAUCAAUACGGUCACUUCAUUUACACACUUGUCACAAACAUAUUAAUCUAUCCAAACUACUGUCUGUGAUUUUUCAUAAUAAUGAUAACCUUAUGUAAUCUGGCAUGCUAUUUUAUGAACUGGGGUGAUGAGGAACCACCAUGGGCAAGAUUUAAGUCAUCAAAGGUAACAGAACACUAGACAAAAAAAAGACUUCCAUGGCACUGAAAAGAUCAAAGAUCAAAGUGAGAUAAAGAUCAAAGAUGAUCUAUGAAGAGGUGUAGCUCCUCACACUGUAGCUCCUCACACUGCUGGGAGUUAUGGACUACCUUUGGCUGGUGUGAAACUCAAACACUCUGCAGGGUUUGUAUACAUGUGUCAAAGUUGUCACAAGAGGUUAUAAAGAAGCUGAUUUAUUUGAAACUGUGAAGGACAAUGAAGCACCGUGGUUUUGACAAAGUGAGAAGGGAAAGAUGCUCAAAGGAUUCAGAGGAUAUCCAUGUGGAAAGAAACAAGACUGAUCAAUUUCGUCACUGGAGAGAGACAUGAUACCAAACCACAAGAUGCAGCCCAAACCUGGAGGCCAAAUUACACCUGUAUGGGGACACAUCGGUUUGGCUGCUUGACGCAUAUACUCGCCUCAUUACCUUCUGCUCCAGUUAAGAGCCAUGACUGGCGAUUGCUCACAGCUCUGCUAUCUGUUGUGGUUUGUACCGUAUCUCCUGAGUUUUGAAUGUUGGUUGUUGGAAGUUACACUAAGUGCUGUAACUAUUUGAUUACAUUAUGGUUUAAGAAAUGGGACAGGCUAGAGGGAUGGAUGAUCAGUAGCAAUCCCUGUGGUUUAGUUAUAGGACGCAUAGGUGUUGUACACUGAGAUGUUCAUUUUCAUGAUUUAUUAUUAGGUUUGUUAAAAUGUAUUCUAUGCAUUUACGUAGAUUUUUAGUUGUUUUAUUGUUAGUUUAUGUUUACAUUAUAAUUGCAUUAGUAGUUGUUAGUAAAAGUGUCUGUAGUAAAAGCCUUUCACUAUGACUACGACUCAUGAGAACACUAUGAUUAAGAAGCCAACAUUUACAAAAGAAACUAAGAAGGAUAUUUAAUGUUAGAGACACUGAAACUAUAGCAAUAAAAAUAAAAUUUUAAAAUUGGGUUGCAUCA